AUGAAGAAAUUAGAAGUUUUAUUUUGGGUUUUUUUGCUUAUUGUGUCCGGAACCGAAGCUGUCUGCCCCUAUAACGAACAGGGUCUUGUGGACUGGGAUAACGCGGCGGUGUUAUGGGGUGGGGCGCUUCCAGUGGAAGGGGAGUCGGUUACCAUUAAAACGGGUUUGAAAGUUCGGCUAAAUGUUUCGCCACCCCCUCUAGGUUCCAUCACAAUCGAAAAAGGGGCAGCACUUAUCUGGGGCGAUGUAGCGGACCUGACGUUGAAAGUGAGCUACCUACUCAUACGCGGCAGGUUUGAAAUUGGAAGCGAAACUUGCAGGUUCACAAAGAAAGCCCGCAUCACGUUAACUGGUUUAAGUAACAGUACACUAGAGGUCCCAGGCUUUGGUCGAAAGUUUAUUGGGGUGACGGAAAACGGAACAGUUGAACUUCAUGGUGGAAACAAACUGUCAUGGACCAAACUAAUCCAAACCGUACCAGCUGCCAGAGAGACGUGUGGAAUCUUGUACAAUCACCAGGAGUCUGCAUUUUCGGCUGAAAGUGUCCACGGUAUUCACGCCAUUGUGUUUAAUCCGGAGGGUGAUGUGUACGAUUUCCAGACGUUCUUGACUGGUCACAAGAACUCCAUUGACGCUAUUAAUAAAUUCGACAAAUUUAUCAAAGGUGUCCCGGGUAACAAGGUGCUGUCUGUGUUUGUGAACGGUAGACUGGGUAACAACGUGUUUCCUAAAAGAGACUGGGAGAAGGUCUACACAAGCAUUGAAACGGUUGGCGGUAUGACUACGGGAACCAGUGUACUCAGAGACGUAAACGGGAUGGACGCUUACGCCUUCAUAAUGUUAACAGGUGAUCCGUCAUCGGCGACGGAGGCCCACGAUAAAGAUGAGACUAAGCCGAUCUCGGUGACAAUAGCCAAGACCGGGCUGAACUUCCUGGUGCGAGACGGCAGGAGGACAGAGCUGCUGGUCAUGACGCGUCAAGUCGCUAACCCGAAGAUUGUGUUGCGCGAUGACGUGUCGUCGUGGAAAGUGGGUGAUUCGGUUGUGAUAACAUCGACAGAUUACGAAUGGAGACAGGCUGAGGUUGCACAAAUUGUUUCGUGUUCAAAACCAGAGUGCCAAGCUAACGAAAUUCGGCUAAACAAGCCUUUCCAAUUCCUGCAUUUCGGCGAGAUCACCCAGGGAGUGGACGAGAGGGCCGAGGUGGCUCUCCUCACCAGGGACAUCGUCAUAGAAGGCGAGCUGGAGAAGGAGUGUUACAGCAACUACGACGACGAGGUGCAACUCUGCAAGUUCUUUCACGCCGAUACAUUCGGGGGACAUUUUAAGAUGAUUAGAGGAUUCAAAUCUGCUCAUAUUGAACAAGUCGAGUUCUUUCAAAUGGGACAACAAUCUAAAGUCGGGAGUUACCCAAUCCACUUCCACAUGUGUGAUGACGUCGAUGGCGCCUGGGUGAGGAGCAACAGCAUCCACAACUCCCAGGCUAGGUGUGUCACCAUCCACGGGACGGACGGACUAGAGGUGAAAGACAACGUUUGUUACAAACACAAAGGUCACGGCUUCUUCCUCGAGGACAGCGUGGAGCAGCGUAACAUCCUCGACGGCAACCUCGGUAUCGGCACCGAGCCCGGCACCCACAUCCUGUCGGACAGAAGCAGAAACAUGUGUACAAAAGAAUUAUCGCGGUUUUGCAACGCUCUCUCUACCUUCUGGAUCACUCAUCCCAACAACUACAUCAGAAACAACGUCGCUGCUGGUUCAGAUAAAAAUGGCUUCCAGUUGAUCGUUGCUAAGGAACCGCUUGGUCCAUCCAAGGCGAGACAACUGGUGAGAGGUCUGGUGACCAGACUGAGUGCCAAGUUCACCAAGGUCACGGAGUUCAACAACAACGUUGCUCACUCGAAUGUUAAUAGAGGUCUUUUCUUUGACGAUUUCAUCUCAAACGGAGAGAUGUCUGACGGGGUGAUGGUUCCGGAAAAUGGCGUUCUCGGCGGCUCGUCUCACACGCCCAGAGAUCCUCCUACCAGAAAGGGAAAACUAGUCGUCUCCUACAUACGGAACUUUUUGGCUUACAAGAAUAAAAUCCAAAACAUCUGGUCUAAAGCAGGAAAACUUGUUUUUGAUCACGUGACUCUCGCCGACUCUCCAAGUGGUAUUGAGAUGGCCACAGCCGGUGGUAGCACCUACACCAUGGUAAAUAAUUCCAAGAUUAUCGGAGAAACCGACAACGUGGGUACUCCGACCGAUGGAUUAUCUCGAUCAUACGCGUCAAGAGAUUUGAGAACACCCCUUCAAGGCGUCGGGUACUUCCAAGGACCAGUGUUCGUGAGGAACACUUUCUUUGACAAGUACAAACAUGAAACAAUCAAUGGUGUAUUCAGACCAGCUGGCGCCCUUAGCUUCAAGAAAAACAACCCAUACCCAUCUACUGCCCACAGUGACGUUAAGGGCAUCACGUUUGGAUUCUGUGAUAAGACUCAAGGCAACUGGGUUUUUGACAGUUUCAAUGGUACUCUACCAAAGUUCGGCAACCGUGACGGCAGUAGACAGAUCACCUUUCACGAUCAUGACGGCAGCGUGACAGGAACUCCUAAUACACAGGUGGUCCGACCAAACAGGUUCUUCACCACGCCGUGCUGUGUGUUUAGAGAAACUUGGAAUGACUACGUCUGUCCACACCAGUAUGCAAAGGCCGUGUUUUCUGGAUCUGGCGGCGUUUUAAAAGAUGACAAAAUAAAAGACUACCCCGUCUAUAUGAGGCGAGACGACCGACCGGAUGACGCCCAUGCCAUUAAGGGUGAGCGUGGUCUGCCCUAUUUGUUGAUGAAAGGGAAAUCCUACACCGUCUACUUCAACGGCACAGCUCCAGACAAAUUGAGAAUCAGUGGCCGGAAUCUAGAGACCGGUGAUUCCGUACGUCUUGGGAUAUGCUACCCAAAAGAUGUGCAGAGCAUAGAAAUAUCAACAAACCUAUUGUCAAGGAGAACACCGAUGAGGGCAGUGUCUACUAUAGGAGAUCUCGAUAAUGAUGGAACAUUCCAAGCAUAUUUCUGGGAUAAAGCAUCCGGACUACUGUUCAUCAAGAUGGCGGGUGAUGCUACUCGAGUUGAUGGAGAGAGGUGUCCAGGCGGUAUGUGUCCCAUGUGGACGAUCACGAGAACUGGAGGGAGUGCCGCUACCGCUGACUGUUACGCUGAUGCCUACAGUGGAGCAUACAACAAACCAGAAGACGUGGAAACAGAAUCCUGUAAACCAGCUGAAAAACCUUGUCAGACAUAUACAUCCGAGGAAUAUGGUGUCCCAAUAGAAGUCGGUUCAGAUGUUCCGCAGUUUACGGUCCCUUGUCCACCAGAUUCAGAGCCGAUCAAUGCGGCAUACAAAGGAUGCUUCAAGGAUAACUGGAGGUACAAAGACUUGGCUGAAAAAGAACAGUUACUUUUUAGAUCAAUGACCAGGGACGGCUGUAUUAAGAGAUGCCACAGUCAAGGAUACGCAUAUGCUGCGGUACAGAACGGCUACAGGUGUGUGUGUGGUACAGCGUAUGGCGCAUAUGGUCGGGCUACUGGAGGCUGCACGAAACGAUGUUCAGGCAAUUCUACACAGAUGUGUGGUGGAAAGAUGAAAAACGAUGUCUUUGCUACAGGAAUAGCUCCCCCAGAAGCUUUACCCCAAUGUGGACCAGGCAAAAAUGGCGCCGAGAUUGAUGGGAAAUGCUACUUCCUGUCUACGGAUUAUCGAAGCUAUAUGGAUGCUCAGCGGGCUUGUGUUCACCUUGGUGGUGAACUCGCAAGCAUUAACACAGCCGAUGUCCAGGAAAAGGUUAUAAGGUAUAUUAGGAAUGCAGGAUCAAGAGUAUGGUUCGGUCUUAACAAGGUGCUCGAUGGAAACAACCUAGUCAACGUUGAUGGGUCACAUUUAGGUGGAUUUUCUUACUUCCAACCGGAAUUCGUGAGCAAGGAAAGAGAUAUUUAUGGAUAUAUGAACAUAAACUCGUUGUUCCACUGGUGGAUGACAGGUGGAAAUUCUCGCAGAAAAUAUCUCUGUCAACUGCCCAAAGAUGGAGCGACUCGCACUGUUGAGAGUUGUGGAACAAAUAGCAGUGGCAAGCGACUGGGUAGUGCUGGCACGUGUUAUGCUGUAAUAAAUGACAAACUGAAUUACCAUGACGCCGUGAUGGCCUGCUUGACACGGCACGGCGUGGCUGCACCGAUGGACACUGAAGGCCAAUGGAAAGAUAUCGUUGAACACAUUCAGCUGUUUGGCGCCUCAAAUACUGAUUAUUAUGUUGGCAAGAAAGAACCAUUUGAAGGUGUCUAUACUGAACUGAUAUAUUCAAAGCUUUACAUUUCUGGCCAGUCUCAGUAUAACAGAAGGAAUGGCAUAGUUUGUCAGCUCGAAACGGUCAGUGCGUCAAAACCCUGUUCAACUGAAUGGACGAAAUUUGGUGAUUCCUGUUAUCUUUAUCUUGGAAGAUUUGGAAAUUAUAACAAAGCUGAUAAAUUAUGUAAUCAGGGUGUAAGCAGCAUUGUGACUAUCAAAAACAAAGAGGAAAACCAAUUUGUUGGAGAUCUGGUCAAGAACUUCAAUGUGGAAUGGCAACCUUCGGUUCUUUUAGGAUACAUGUACAACAAGCAAAUUGCCAACUUCCAGACGUCAUCAGGAACAUCAAUGACGUAUGCAAACUGGAAAACUGGUGACGGUGUCGCCAACGUGGCCAGUGGGAACUGCGUGGCAUUGAUGACAUCGAGUUCAAGUUACACAUGGAAGAACCAGAAUUGUAAAAAGGGAAUCACUGCAAUAGUUUGUCAGUCACCGGCUGCAUAAUUUCAAUCCAUGAAUAAUGGUGGUAGAAUUUUAUAAUUUUGUAUUUCAGUAUCUCUUACAUAUAGUUUCCAGUUUGUAUGUAGGGAGUACAGUCAAAUCGGCUAUAAUGGAUAACUAAAUUGACUGAUGUAGUACACAAUAGCCUGUACUAGAUUAUUACUGUAUAGUUUCCAGUUUGUAUGUAGGGAGUACAGUCAAACCAGCUAUAAUGGAUAACUAAAUUGACUGAUGUAGUACACAUUGGCCUGUACUAGAUUAUUACUGUGUAGUUAACCCACCUUUCAAUACUCUCUUUGGUGGCUCCUUAACACAGGUUUGUCUGUAUUAUCUGAUAUCAUAUAUCAAAAAUAGAUACAGGAUAUAUUUACGGAAAUUAUUAUAUGAUGUAUAUGGCAAUUUUGUUUUAGAGAGACAGGAUUUUGGUGUUACUUAAAAAUGGGGUCCAUGGGUUGAGAAUGCUGGAGGUGAACAUCCUUGGAGACUCCACCUGCGUAUCUCAACCAAUUUUUUUUUUUUUUGUUCUAAACGUUUGUUUUUAUUUCAUCCAUCCAGGGAAAUCGGUGUUUAGAAGCCACCUAAGGUAUUAAAAACGGCUGCUUAAUACUAUUAAAUUUGAAGAACAUUAAACUAGCCUUUUAUGGGAAAUGGCUACUUAUAGUCCGUCCCAUCAUUCAAUAAACAUGUUUUUUGCAAAUCAUUUCUGUUUGGUUUGACGUAAGAAGCAAAAGUGUUUUGGAAAUAACAAAAAUACACUAUUUUUGUGAGCUAUUUACAAAUCAAAUUGCUCAGACAAAAAUAACUUAUGGUAAAUACCAUAGUAUGAAAAAGGCGUUCCCAGUGGGACGGACUAUAGUAUCGUGGUGUUUUGAUAAUUACAAGGUUUUUCUGUAAGACUCUUAACUUAUCCAAAGUUGAAUACUUAUCCAAAGUUAAUAUAAAUAUUCAAGUACAGACAAAGAAAUCCAUUAGGUAGCAUACAUGUAUUUAGUGUGUUGAAAUUUACGAAACUGUUGUGUUGUUGUGUAUAUUUUGUUGCUAUGUUUGUUAUACGUUUUGCAAUAUAUAUAUAUAUAAUGUUGGUUACAGUAUAUUGUGUUAAAUGUUGUUAGUGCAAUAAAAACACUGUUACAACUUA